ACUGUUUCUGUUUGAGUCGUAAAACAGAACGAGGAGAGGAGAGAGAGAGGAGAAGAGAAGAGAAGAGAAGAGAAAAGGGGAAGAACAGAUCGCAGGUUUCGAGAGGACAGUGAGAGUGAGAGCAAAGCGCAAUAGCCAGAGGAAGAGGGAGAGGGUUGUGCCACUGCAAUCUCUCUUUGUCACAGUUUUCUUCGUUGCCCCCUUCUACCAUCACAAACCCUAACUCAUUCUUUCUUCUUCUUCUUCUUCUUCUUCUUCUUCUUUCAUUUAUUUAUUUAUUUUUUGAAACAAUUUUCAUCGGUUACCAUCAUCGAUUCGUUAAUUUGUCCAUCGAUUUAUUUAUCCAUGUUUUGGUUCAUACACUGAUCAAUCAAAAACCCAUCCAUCAAUCUUUCUGCGCGGAACCAGAAACCCUAAUUGGCAAUGGUUACCACCACAGUUGAUUCUUCUUCUAACCAUCACUCGCCCACUAGUGCCGCUGCUAGCCCUAAGUUCCCGCGAAAAAACCUACCCUCUCCCUGGGCUCAGGUCGUUCGCGGCCCAGACACCGAGCCCAACCGUCAAUCGCCGCCGUCUUCUUCUUCCUCUUCAUCAUCCCUUGAUUCCGUUAAUUCUAACGGUGCCGUCAUAGAUAUCCCUACGAAACCUGCUUGGAAGAGACCCUCCAAUGUCAACGCCGAGGUUGGUCCCGUAAUGGGUGCUGUCUCAUGGCCCCCUUUAUCUGAAUCCACCAAGCCUUCGGCUAAAUCGACACCUGAUUCUACUUCUCCCAAGACUCCCACUGAUGAUGGGUCACUCUCCACUCCUCAGGUGCCUGUUAUUUCAGACUCCUCUCAGAAACAAGCUAGUAGUAACGUGAAACCUAAUCCUGUGAUGAACUAUAAUAGACAAAGAUCGAUGAAGCGGGGAGGUGCCAAUGGCAAUGGCGUUGGGCCUGGUCCUGCACAGAACAUCUACUCCAACCCUUCCCCAAAUCUUCCACCGCCGUCACCACCCUUUCCUGUGCUUCAGAUCCCGCCAAGUACGUUUGCGAAUGGGGUACCUGUGGUUCCAGUUCCUUCUCCGAGAGAUCCUUACAGGAAUAACUGGGAUGCAAGACCUCCGGUUGGGGGUUUUACGCCACCCAUGAAUGGACAACGGAGUCCCUCUCGCAGGGGUAAUGUUGGGCAUCAUCCACGUGGGGAUGGUACCUAUCAUAACAGUUAUGGCAACAGGCGUGAUCAGGAUCGUGGAGGUUAUACAAAUUCUCGAGAUGCUCAUGUACAUCAGCAGAGGAUGCCACCAAGGGGAUUAAUGAGGCCUCCACCACCUAAUCCUGCUUCGUUUAUGGGGCCUCAGCCUUUGCGACCCUUUGCAAAUCCUGCUGGGUUUCCUGAAUUCUAUUAUUUUCCAACACUACAGUUUGAACCCUUUGGGGGCAUGCCAUUCUUCACACAUGCACCUCCUCCUGCAAUGUUCUUCCCUGUUGCAGAAACUCCCCUGACCAAUACGAUUGCCAACCAAAUUGACUAUUACUUUAGUGAUGUUAAUUUAGUGAAAGAUGAGUUUUUAAGGUCCAACAUGGAUGAACAGGGUUGGGUUCCAAUUUCUUUGAUUGCAAGCUUCCCACGUGUUAGAAGUUUGACAAGCAACAUUAAAUUGAUAUUGGAUUCAUUGAGAACUUCCACUGUUGUGGAAGUGCAGGGUGACAAGUUGAGGAGGCGUAAUGAGUGGAUGAAGUGGCUGCCCUCUACUCAGCUUCGGGCCAAUUCUGAUUCAAUGUCUCCUGGCGAAUCAAGUGGCAAUAACCUAGCAGCUGAUUUUGAAAAGAUCACAGUGCACGAAGAAACUACAGAUAAAGUUAAUUCUGAACCUACCACCAACGGUGAUGCUGCAGGAGAGUCCUCCACUCAGUCUAAACUCCCCAAUGGUGAUGCUACAGGGAGCAGGAGUUAAAACAACUCAUUGUGUCUACUCCAUCCCAAAAUACCUGGGCCAUUCUAGUCUGGCCCCGAUUGCAAAAGUAUUUGCUUUGGAAGGGAUGGUCGGUAGGUUGUUUGGAAGUUUGAUUCCUUUCUACAGUGACUGAGGUCGAUUUUGGUAGCAAUUUUGAGUCAAAUAGGGAAAGAAAUAAGAAUUCUUCGGAAUUAUUAUGGUCUAAAGAAAGAAAAGAUUAACGAGACAUAGAAGAAAUUUAGAAUUUUGAUUGAGGCAAAUUUAAUGAGUUUUUGGUUUUGUAUAGCUUUAUAUUUGCCACAGCUGAUUUAUUCUUUAUUUUCGGGUGGUUUAUGGUGGUAUGUGUGGGUAAAGUAUUAUUUAUCAAUGGAACUGAGUUGGGAUCGUGCUAAGUUGCCUUGCUAUUUUGAUGAUUUAGGCUCUUGAUGAUUGUUCUGUGUGAGCGCAUAACUAGGUACAUAUUAAUAGAUAGUUUUCCUAUUUUAUGCUUCUGGCUUAAUUAUACUUUGUGAUUUCUUGUUUCAAUUUUUUUUCUCCAAAUUUUUCCAUCACCAUUUUUU